GAAUUUGCCAGUCGUUUCUCACAACCCACAAUUUCCUGAUUUCCUCUCCACAAAAUAAAUCACCAUUAAUGCGUAUUGCGUAGCUUUUUCUCAACGGCGUCCUUCGAAAUCAACGCCGUCUUUCCAUAUCCGGUGUUCGACGGUCCUUCGCCGUGGAUCUGACCAGAACGCUCCUCCGCCGCUUCUCCACCGUUCGCCAUCGCUUUCGGUGCUGCGAUCCGUUCCUGUCCAGAGCUGGUCAUCGGAAUCCUCCUCCCCAUCGGUUUCGGUUGGAUCCGCUGGUGAUUUAUUCCAUCUGCUCGAAUUAUCACUCUUCCUCGUCCUCUACCUCUUCCUUGAUCUGUUUGGUCAAAUUGAGCGCCUUUGGUAUCAAAGCUUUGUUUUCGAUUAGGCAUUGGCCGUCGUAGUUCAGGCCCAUAUCGAGGUUCAACAUCCUCCCUCAAACUGAACAGAGCAGUCAGGCAAGGUAUGUCCUAUAAUCCCACAACCAUAACAAAAAUCGGCAAGUUUCUCAUAAGAAAUCGGUACCCAACGUUCUUCUGCCGUUGAUCCCAAUUUAAUAAGUGACGAAAAACUGCUGUUGCUCUGUGGCUCCUCGAACACCAGCAUUCCAUUAUCGAAUAUCCAAGACCGUACGAAGUUGACGGAAGGCACUGCUGAAAAAAGGUUUCCAUGGCAACUUCGGAAGAGAAUAGUGCAUUGUUCCCUAUUUUUAUUUUGACAAUAAUGGCACUGCCUUUAGUGCCUUAUACAAUUCUUAAGCUUUGUCGGGCUGCUUCGAAGAAGGCAAAGAUUAUACAUUGCCAGUGUUCUGAAUGUUCCCGUUCAGGGAAGUACCGUAAGUCGAUAUUUAAGCGAAUAGCAAAUUUCUCGACAUAUAGCAACUUGACACUAGUACUUCUUUGGAUCUUCAUGUUCGUGUUGGUCUAUUACAUUAAAAAUAUUAGCCGGGAGAUUCAAGUCUUCGAGCCAUUUAGUAUUCUAGGAUUGGAAACUGGGGCUUCAGAGGCUGAUAUAAAGAAGGCAUACAGGAGACUUUCUAUCCUAUACCAUCCAGAUAAAAAUCCAGAUCCAGAGGCCCAUACAUAUUUCGUGGAGUUCAUAUCUAAAGCUUAUCAAGCUUUGACAGAUCCAAUAUCCCGUGAGAAUUAUGAAAAAUAUGGCCAUCCGGAUGGCAAGCAGGGGUUUCAAAUGGGAAUUGCACUCCCUCAAUUCUUACUAAACAUUGAUGGGGCAUCUGGUGGGAUACUUUUACUGUGGAUUGUUGGAGUUUGUAUUAUCUUGCCCUUGGUAAUAGCCGUUAUAUAUCUUUCAAGGUCGUCUAAAUACACUGGAAACUAUGUCAUGCGUCAGACACUUUCCACAUAUUAUUACUUCAUGAAGCCUUCUUUGGCACCAAGCAAAGUAAUGGAUGUGUUCAUAAAGGCAGCUGAGUAUGUGGAAAUGCCAGUUCGUAGAACUGAUAAUGACCCUCUUCAAAAGAUAUUUGGACUAGUUAGGAGUGAGUUGAAUCUUGACCUUAAGAACAUUAAACAAGAGCAGGCGAAGUUUUGGAAGCAACAUCCAGCCCUUGUUAAAACACAAUUGUUGAUCCAAGCUCAAUUAACUCGUGAAUUUGCCAACUUGCCUCCACCUUUGAAUGCUGACUUUAAACAUGUGCUGGAACUUGCUCCUCGCCUUCUUGAAGAAUUAAUGAAGAUGGCACUGAUCCCACGUAAUGUCCAAGGACAAGGAUGGCUACGUCCUGCAACCGGGGUCAUUGAGCUCACACAAUGUGUCAUUCAGGCUGUUCCUCUCAGUACAAGAAAGGCCACUGGAGGAUCCUCUGAAGGGAUUGCACCAUUUCUACAGUUGCCGCAUUUUAGCGAGGCUGUUGUCAAGAAGAUAGCCCGCAAGAAAGUGAGAGCGUUUGAGGAUCUUCAAAAACUGGCGCAAGAAGAGCGUGCCGAGCUGCUUACUCAGGUGGGUGGGUUCUCGCCUGCUGAAGUACAAGAUGUUGAAACGGUGCUGGAAAUGAUGCCAUCGGUUACUGUUACUAUCUCAUGUGAAACAGAAGGUGAAGAAGGUAUCCAAGAGGGUGAUACUGUCACUAUUCAGGCUUGGGUGACACUUGAACGCCGAAACGGGCUCGUGGGUGCUCUCCCGCAUGCCCCCUACUACCCGUUUCACAAAGAAGAGAACUUCUGGUUCUUGCUUGCAGAUCCAAAUUCAAACAAUGUGUGGUUUUAUCAGAAGGUCAGUUUCAUGGAUGAGGCUACGGCCAUAACUGCUGCUUCCAAGGCGAUUGAGGAACAAAUGGAGGGAUCUGGAGCAAGCGUGAAGGAAACCAGUGCUGCAGUUAGGGAAGCAGUGGAGAAGGUAAAAGCAGGAUCAAGACUGGUUCUAGGCAAGUUCCAUGCCCCAGCUGAGGGAAACUACAAUUUAACUUGUUACUGCCUGUGUGAUUCCUGGAUCGGUUGCGAUAACAAAACGAACCUGAAAUUGAAAAUCUUGAAACGAACCCGUGCCGGUACCCGUGGUGGCCUCAUGGCAGAAGAAGGACCAACCAUGGAAGAUGGAAUUGAAGAGGAAGAGGAAAAUGAUGAAGAAGAAUAUGACGAUUACGAGAGUGAGUACAGUGAAGAUGAAGCUGAUGAACAAGAUGUGAAAAGGAAGGGCCCUGUUGCCAAUGGAAAAGCGCAUAAGCAGAGUUCAAGUUCAGAAGGCUCUGGCUCUGAUGAUGAAUGAAGAACCAUUCCGUUAUUUAGUGAGACAACCAACCCCUCCCGCGGGUAAAUGGCCCCUUCCACACAGUGAUAGUGCAUUAGAAGCUUUUUUUUUUCCUUUCUUUUUGUCUCUAUAUUCCAGUUUUUAGAAGUUUUACGGCAACGAGAUUGACUUUUAAACAGAUUAUGUUAGAGUAUCAGACCAAUAUUUAUUGCCCCUUUUUUCAAGCAAUUAGUUCACGACCUUUGGCAAUCUUA